AUGCAAUGCUAUACCGAACUUGUGGCGCCGACCGCUGUGUCGAGUGCCGUUGCCUUGCCCUUUACCGCUCCGGGCGCAACUAAUCUGGUCGUUGCAAAGACCUCACUGCUCCAGCUCUUUGCCAUCAAGACCGUCGCGACCGAUGUCAAGCCAUCAUCACUCCAGUCCAAUGGCGACACUGGUACUAUUGAAGACCCAGAACCCUCCCAUCGUACCGAGAACUCGGCCAAGCUCGUCCUGCUCGGCGAGUAUCCCGUGUCGGGAACCAUCACUUCGCUACAGAGGGUCAAAGCCCUGAACACAAAAACAGGCGCCGAAGCCCUGCUAUUGUCUACCCAGGACGCCAAAGUCAGUUUGAUUGAAUGGGAUCCUCUCAAUCACCGUAUCUCAACUCUGUCCAUCCAUUACUACGAGCGCGAGACCCCAAACUCUCUUCCCUUCGGUCCCUCCCUUGCCGACACACCAAGCUACCUAAGCGUCGAUCCAAGCAGCAGAUGCGCCGCUCUCAAGUUUGGUACUAAGCAGCUCGCCAUCAUUCCCUUCCGCCAGUCCUCCGACGACCUGGCUGGCGAAGACGACCUCGAUACGCCUCCGCCCACCAAGCCGUCUGCGCCUGGUACAGAGGCCCAAGCCGAAACUCCAUACUCGGCCUCGUUUGUCCUACCUCUGACCGCUCUUGACCCCGCACUCACACACCCAAUCCAUCUGGCCUUUCUGCACGAGUAUAGAGAACCCACUUUUGGCAUUGUUUCGUCCAACAAGGCUCCUAGCCAUGGGUUGCUUGACGAGCGCAAGGAUAUUCUGAACUACACUGUCUUCACGCUGGAUUUGGAACAACGUGCAUCCACGACUCUGCUCUCAGUCCCGGGCCUUCCCUUCGACAUAUUCCGGGUUGUGCCACUGCCUUUGCCAGUGGGUGGAGCUCUUCUCGUUGGCGCAAACGAGUUGGUGCAUGUCGAUCAAGCUGGAAAAACAAACGCCGUAGCUGUGAACGAGUUCGCAAAGCCAAGCUCAAACUUCGCUAUGGCCGAUCAAUCCGACCUUGGCUUGCGUCUGGAGGACUGUGUCGUCGAGGCUCUGGAUCACACUAACGGCAACAUGCUCAUCAUACUAAAGACUGGCCGUCUGGCUGUGCUGUCCUUCCGCAUUGAUGGCCGCUCGGUAUCUGGCUUAGCUGUUCAUCUGGUAGACUCUGAUCACGGCGGUCACGAGCUAAAGACUGCUGUAAAUUGUGCUGCAUUUCUCGGACGUAGUAGACUGUUUUUGGGCAGUGAGGAUGGUGACUCCACCUUGAUUGGCUGGUCUAAAAAGACUGCGCAGACGCGUAAGCGUAGCCACGCUCAGAUGAUCGCCGAGGACGCUGAACUCUCGCUGGACGAAGAAGACUUAGACGACGACGCAGACGAUGAUCUGUAUGCUGACGAAGCGCCUGUUGUCAAGCAAACGACGUCACACACUGCUGAAUCCAGUGGUCCUGACAACUACUUCUUCAGAAUACACGACAAAUUGUUCAGCUUGGGACCCAUCAAAAACGUUUGUCUCGGCAAAUAUGCUACUGAGGAUUCUGCGAACGAAAUGGAGCCACAGUUGUCCAUACUCGCAAGCGUCGGUCGCGAUUCCGCGUCGAAGCUGGCGCUAAUCAACCGUGAACUAACCCCUAGCCCUGUCCGCACAGUAGAUGUACCUCAUGCUCGAGCAGUGUGGACUGCUUGUGUGAAACGAGCAGCACCGCGUGGUUUGCCCAAGUCUACAGGUGGCGCUCAAGAUCCGGAAAUUCAACCUGCAUCUGAUAUGUUGUGCGAUCAGUACCUUGUCACCUGUCAUGCGGAUGACGACGGUACAGAAAGCUCCAAGGUCUUCAGAAUUGAUAAUGAAGCCACCGAGGUUAAGCAAGGCGACGGCAGUAUGAGCUACACUGAGGUGACCGGAACUGAAUUUGAGGGCGAAGGUGAGACCUUAGAUGUCGGCAUCCUGGCUUCUGGCACAAGAAUGGUCCAGGUGAGAAAGCAUGAAGUCAGAAGUUAUGACGCAGAUCUUGGCCUUUCUCAAAUUUUCCCCAUCAUCGAUGAAGAGACCGAUGCAGAGCUCACCGUGAUUCACGCAUCGUUUUGCGACCCUUUUCUCCUACUUCUCCGGGAGGACUCGAGUCUACAAAUUCUGCAAGUGGACAAGAGUGGCGAUCUUGACGAGCUGGAGCGUGGUGAUGCCGCUUUAGCUUCUAAGUGGUUGUCUGGCAGUGUCUACAAGUCCGAGAAGACGGGCAACAAAGCGUUAGCAUUCCUGCUUAAUGCAGAUGGGGGCUUAUCGAUCUUCGAGCUGCCAAAUCUAGAGAAGCCUGUCUACGAGGCUGCCAGUCUUUCAGUCCUGUCGCCUGUGGUCACGAAUGAGAGUGCUCCCCGCCGCACAGUUGGCAAGGAGACGCUGACCGAACUGAUAUUCGCGGAUCUAGGCGAUGAGACGGCCAAAUCGCCAUACCUGAUUCUACGUUCGUCGGCCGACGAUCUCAUCAUCUACGAGCCCUUCCACUACCCUGCAGCACCCGUCACAUCUCCGUCCUUCACCAAAAACUUACGGUUCCGUAAAGUACCCGGUUUGCAUAUGCCUAAGUUCAACGAGGAUCCAUCUCUUCAAAGACCUGCCGCUCUCAGGUUGCUACCGAAUGUGGGUGGGUACUCUGCUGUUUUCAUGGCAGGUGGUUCGCCAAGCUUCGUGAUAAAAGACGCCACAACUCUGCCGCGCAUUGUCAGCCUUAGAGGAAAGGGCGUUCGUGGACUUUGUGGCCUCAACAGUCGCAAGUGCCGGGCUGGUUUCUCAUGGAUCGAUACCACUGGCACAAUACAUGAAGGCCAGAUUCCGGCGGGCACGACAUUCGCCUCCAACGGAUGGUCUGUCCGCAAGUUCUCACCGUUUUCCGAACACAUCGAAGUUCAAAAGAUAGCAUAUCAUGCAGAUCGUGGCGUCUAUGUCAUUACGACUCAAGAGGAGGUAGACUUUUACCCUCCAGAGGACGAUCCAAGACACCCAGCCGCAGACGAAGAGAUAACACUCCGACCGAGAACGUUGCAGUUCCGCGUGCACCUUUACGAUGCGAGAGCAGACCGAAUUGUCGACACUUAUGAUAUUCCACCUUACGAACUUAUCACGUCCAUGGAAGUCAUGUCUCUCGAGGUUUCGGAGAUUACCCACCAACACAAAUCACUAGUCACUUUGGGCACCAUCUCUCAACGAGCUGAGAACUAUGCUGCUAAGGGAUGCAUCUACACACUUGAGAUCAUUGACGUUGUACCAGAGCCUGGUCAACCCGAGACAGGCAAAAAGUUCCGAGUCUUCGGCAGAGAAGAGACUAAGAAUGGUAUCACGGCCUUGAUGGGCAUCGCUGGACUUGUUGGUACCGCUCAGGGGCAGAAGAUUAUGAUUCGUGGGCUUAGAGAAGACGGAUCUUGUUUACCUGUCGCCUUCCUCGAUGCGCAGUGCUACGUUACAUUGUUGAAGACCCUCGCGAGUAGUAAACUUUGGAUUGCCGCAGACGCUUGGAAAGGCCUUUGGUUCGGUGGAUUUGGGGAGGAGCCCUAUAAACUCUCACUCUUCGGAAAGUCACGCUCGCAGAUGGAGGUCAUAACGGCUGAAUUCCUUCCAUUUGAGGGUCAGCUGUACAUCAUCCUCGUCGAUGCGGAUCUCGACAUCCACGUGCUGCAAUACGAUCCCGAACAUCCCAAAUCACUCUCCGGCCAACGUCUUCUGCAUAGAAGUACCUUCCACCUUGGUCACAUGCCCACUUCGAUGACGCUACUUCCUUCCACAUUAUCGCCUUUCACCGAACAGAACCCUGAUGAGGAGAUGGCAGACGAUGAUAGCGGACCCUCCCCCACAUCUACUCUCAACCAUAUUCUCAUCACAACACAGACGGGUAGCAUCGCACUGCUAACGCCUCUUGACGAGGCAACCUAUCGUCGCCUAUCAGCACUACAGACAACUCUUUCCAGUAUCCUUGAGCAUUCGGCUGGUCUCAAUCCACGAGCCUACCGUGCGGUCGAGAGUGAGGGGCUUGGCGCUAGAGGUAUCGUAGACGGAGAUCUCAUCACCAGAGUCUACGAACUGGGAGCCGGUAAAAGAUUAGAAGUCCUUGGCAGAGCUGGUGCAGAAGUCUGGGGGAUGAGAAGUGAUUUGGAAAUCAUCGCUGGCGAGGGACUGGGAUACAUUUGA